UCAUAAUGAGGACUGCAUGCUUGGCACUUGUUUUUCUCCUACAAAUACAAGGCUUGGCAUCAGACGAAUCACCAUUUCAACUAACUCACAAAGUCACAGGAUUCUGCUUGGUUAAAACGGGUGCUGUCUGUGAUGACAUACGAUGGACAUCUGGUGGACGGCUGCUGGUCGAGGGGAAGAAUAAAUGUCUUGGAGUUCAGGGGAAAAGUGUGGGGAGUGAAUUAAGCCUGUAUGAUUGUGAUGAAAAGAGUGAGCUCCAGAAAUGGGAAUGUAAGAAUGAAACGGUGCUCGCUCUCCAAGGCCAGGAGCUUUAUACUGAGCUCAAGGCAGAUGGCACAGCUGUACUGUCAAGAACUACUGGAGCCAACAGCCACCUCACGAUUUCAGGAACGAUGAGUGGAGCCUGUACAAGAACUUACAGAGAAUUUUACACCAUUGACGGAAACGCAGCUGGCAGGAUGUGUAUGUUUCCUUUCAUGUACGAAAACCAGUGGUACUCAAGCUGCUCGCUGGUUGACUCCCACAGACUUUGGUGUGCGGUCGAAACAAAGUAUGAACAUGAGACCUGGGGCUACUGCCCAACUUACUCAAAGGAAAACUGGAACAAACACCCAACAACUGGAGCACUUUACCAGCUGAACACACAGUCAGCUCUGACAUGGCUGCAGGCUGAAACCAGCUGCAAGCAGCAAGGUGCCUCCCUGCUCAGUAUCACCGAUCCUCACGAACAGUCUUAUGUCACAGCACUGUUAGAGGCAGGAGGCAGCAAUCAGGAGUACAAGCUUUGGACUGGACUAAUUCUGGAUUCAGAACAUGGCUGGAAGUGGUCCAAUGGCAACCCUUUCCGUUACCUGAAAUGGGACUCAGGACAUCCACUUUCUUAUCCUGGACAUGUUUGUGGAAUUGUUGAUGGAGCUGUGAGGUACUCCUGGCAAAGUUCAAGCUGUGACAAAAAACUGGGCUACAUCUGCUACAGUAAAGGAGUUUUGCCUUCUCCAACAGCAGGUGUUGACAUGGGAUUCUGCUCAGCACCAUGGAUUCCAUACAACGGCCACUGCUUCCACCUUAAUCGUACUAAGAAAACAUGGUCUGAUGCUCAGGUAGCAUGUCGUAAAGAAGAAGGGGACCUCGUGAGCAUCCGCAAUGUGGAGGACCAAAGCUUUGUCAUCUCUCAGCUUGGAUAUGCAUCCACAGAUGAGCUUUGGAUUGGACUGAAUGACAAGAAGACAGAAGGCCUGUUUGACUGGGCUGAUCACUCCACAGUCAGCUUCACCAGCUGGGAGUAUGGAAAACCAACUGUCACCCCAGGCCCAGAAGACUGUGUCCUUAUCAGAGGAGAGAGUGGAAAUUGGGCCGACCGUGGUUGUCAGGAGAAACACGGCUUCAUUUGUAUGAAAACAAGUUCACCUGAACGCUCUGGAGACGAAGUGGAACAAAACCCGGGCUGCAGGGCUGGUUGGAAAAGACACGGCAACUACUGCUAUUUUAUUGGGACUGAGACAAAGACGUUUGAUGAAGCAAAAGACCUCUGCAGGACUUCAGAUUCUUACUUGGCUGAUGUUUCAUCCAGGAUGGAUAACGCCUUCCUUGUCAGCUUGGUGGGUCUGAGACCAGAGAAACAUUUCUGGUUGGGGCUCUCAAACCAGAAGGACAAAGAUGUUUUUGAGUGGACCAACACAAAAUCUGUGAGAUUUACUCACUGGAAUUCUGAAAUGCCAGGGCAGAGUCAGGGUUGUGUUGCAAUGGCAACUGGGAGAUUUGCAGGCCUCUGGGAUGUAUUGCCUUGCACCAACAGGGAGAAGUACAUCUGCAAACACCAGGCAGUGGGGACUGUUGCCACCCCUGCCCCACCUACUGUUCCCUCCACCACAUGUGAACGGGGCUGGACCAAAUUCAGAUCAAGAAACGUCUGUUAUAGGGCAUACAAUGAGCUUUCAAAACAGAGAACUUGGUACGAGGCCAGAGAUUUCUGCAGAGCCGUUGGAGGAGACUUGAUCAGCUUCCACAGCGCUGAUGAACUGAAUCUGGAACCAUGGAGGUUUGGAGAUUAUUGGAUUGGACUUCAUGCACCUGACCGAGGAGCAGGACUUGUUUGGAGUGAUGGCUCACCAGUCAACUUUAAACACUGGAAAGAUGGAGAGCCAAACAAUAAAAACGAUGUGGAAAACUGCGUUGAAUUUUAUGGCCGUGACUGGCAUAAGGAUGGGUCAUGGAAUGAUAAUCACUGUGAAAAGAAAAAUAACUGGAUUUGUCAGAUACCUACAGGUGUCACUCCAAAGCCAUCUCCAAACCCUCCCACUCCAGAUUAUAACACCACUUCAGAUGGGUGGCUGGAAUGGAAAGGGAAUCGUUAUUUUAAGAAUCCUCAUCAAAUGGCCAUGGAAGACGCUCGAGAUUUCUGUAAAAAGAGGCAAGCUGAUCUGGUGACCUUUGACAGUGAAGCUGAAUGGGUUUUUAUCUGGAAACAGAUUUCUCAAUAUGGGAGUAUUUGGAUUGGUAUGACUGUUGAUCUUGACAGAACAUUUCAAUGGGUGGAUGAUUCUCCAGUCUUGUUUCAAAUUUGGGAUGAUGGACAGCCUGAUUUUAAGAAUUUUGAUGAGCGCUGUGUUGCCAUGAGAUCUUAUCAUGGGCUCUGGCACGAUUAUAACUGUGGAUAUGAAUUUCCAUCUGUCUGUAAGCGCAGCCACUCACCACCUGCUGAUACCACUGYAGCUCCUACAAAACCACCUACAGGUGGCUGCAAGGACGGCUGGAAAAAAUUCAACUCUAAGUGUUACAAGAUCAUAAACAAUCAAAAUUUAACAUGGGAKAAUGCGAGGCAGCAGUGCAAAGACAUGGGUGGAAACCUGGCAUCAAUUUCUUCAAGACAUGUAGAAGUGUUUUUAAUGUCUCAAAUGAUUGAUGCACCGAGUACAGACCUUUGGAUUGGUUUUCAUAGUUUAUAUAAGGAAGGGUUUUAUUGGACAGAUGGACGACCAAAAUCAUAUGUUAACUUUAAGUUACCAUCAAGACGCCAUCCUUUUCUGAUACAUGACUACAGAUAUUCGGUAACAUGAUCUAAUACAGAUUUACUUGUGCAUAAUUAUGAAAAAAAAAAGGGUAGAGUACUAUACAUAGGAUAGACUGGCAACUGUGGAUGAGUGGUUAAGGGCAUCUUCCUCUAAUCAAAGAGUUGGCAGUUUGAUUCACUGCUAUUCAGUCACAUGUUGAAGUGUCCUUGGGCAAGACAUUGAACCCCUCUCUGCCUCUGCUCUGAUGUGUGUCCCAUCAGUGUGUGAAUGUGAUUUAAAGCAUUGAUUACUCUCCACAGGAUGAUUUGUACAUGUUUGCUUUGUUGAGACAUAGAGUGYUGAAUGAAUGUGUGYAUGAAUGAGUAAAUGAGGACACAGGUUGAAGUGUAAAGUGCUUUGAGUAUCCUGAUUGGAAAGAAAGUUUCUAUACAAGUACAGUCCAUUUACCAUUUACUGCUUAUAUUCACAAGGAGUUAUCAAUUGUUUUACAGAUCUCCUGUACAGUCACUAAGAUUUAU